AUGGGUUCAACAGAAGUCUCUGUAAAAGUCCUGCUGCUUGGUGCAGGUGAAGCAGGAAAGAGCACCAUCAUGAAGCAGAUGAAGAUCCUAUACCGUGGUGGUUUUACUAAAGAGGAGCAGCUGGAGUUUAAAGCUGUGAUUUAUGGAAACAUCCUGCAGUUGGCACUCGCAAUCAUUGCUGGAAUGGAGAAACUCCAAAUUAAAUAUGACUCAGAGACAGCAACCGAAGACAGUGUGAAGCUACAGAAGUUAGCGGACCUGGUGGAGGAGGGGACGAUGCCGGCUGAGCUGACUGAGAUCCUGAAGCAUUUGUGGAGAGAUGGAGGAGUUCAGAUCGCCAUUGAGAGAUCAGCCGAGUAUCAGCUCAACGAUUCUGCUGCUUAUUACCUAGGUGACCUGGACCGCAUUUGUGCUGAUGAUUAUAUUCCCAAUGAUCUGGACGUUCUUUAUGCUCGUAUUAAAACCAGUGAGAUAGUAGAGGAACAGUUCACCUUUAAAGAGCUCAACUUCAGGAUGUUUGAAGCUGGUGGUCAGCGUCCUGAGAGGAAAAACUGGAUUAAAUGUUUUGAGGAUGUGACCUGCAUCAUCUUCUGUGCUGCUCUGAGUGCUUAUGACCUCGCACUGAUAGAGGAUGAGGAGGUGAACCGUAUGCAUGAGAGCCUCCACCUGUUUAACAGCAUCUGCAACCAUAAGUUCUUAAGCAGCUCCUCCAUCGUCCUGUUCCUCAACAAAACCGAUAUAUUCCAGGACAAAAUCAACAAAGUGCCGCUGACGGCCUGCUUCCCAAAUUACAAAGGUUUGAACACGUUUGAGGAUGCAAGUAACUUCAUCAGGCAGCAGUUUGAAGAUCUGAACACCAACAAAGGGUCGAAGCCGAUCUACACACACCUGACCUGCGCUGUGGACACGGCCAACAUCGAGAGCAGCUUUAACACCGUCACUGACAUCAUUAUCCAAAACCUGAAGGAGUGUGGACAGCUCUGAUCUCUCUCUCUCACUCACACACACAGGCUAGUGAUGGCUUAAUAUUAUGACAGAACACAGUUCAUGGCUCUCUGCUUCAGUCCUCAAUCUAAUCCUAGAUCAGAGCACAAUUUACCCAGAAGGCAUUGCUGCACUCUGACAGUGUCCUGACUGAUGAAGAUGUUAAUGAACAAAAGCUCUGUGUUAGUGAUGUAGCAUGUUACUCAUCUUGUACCACACUGCAGUGUGUCCCUCCUGUCAUGGAAAAUAUAAGAAAUAAAAACAGCUUAAAUAUGUUGUAAUAAUUGUAUUAUUUUGUAAUUUGUGACUCCUUACUGAAGUUUAACUGCCUGUGCGCAAUAAAUGUAGAAUCCUGAGUGUGUGUGUGUAUGUAAUAGCAGCCUGUCUUGAUGGUCAGUGUGUGUG